AUGGCGGAGACGCUGAGGCGGGUGCUAAACUCGGGCAGCGCGGCUGGCCCCGGGGAGGAGAACACAGCUGAGGCCGAACUGCCUUUGCUGCUGCUCGGCGGUCCCGGCUCUGGAAAGACAGCGCUGCUAUUCGCGGCGGCCCUGGAGGCGGCAGGGGAAGGCCGAGGCCCCGUCCUCUUCCUGACUCGGAGGCCUCUGCAAAGCCUGCCCCGCGGGACUGGAGCUGUGCUCGAACCCUUGCGGUUACAGAAGAUCCGCUUCCAGUACCCACCCUCAACCCGUGAGCUCCUCCGGCUCCUGUGCUCUGCCCAUGAGACGCGGGGGCCAGCACCCUCCCUCCUGCUGCUCGAUGGCCUGGAGGAGUACCUAGCGGAAGACCCCGGGUCCCAGGAAGCCGCCUACCUGGCCGCCCUGCUUCUGGACACAGCUGCCCACUUCAGCCACCGGGUUGGGUCUGGCCGGGGCUGUGGGCUCAUUGUGGCCCUCCAGACCCAGGAGGAGGGAGACAGUGGGACUGCCCUGCAGUUGGCACUGCUUCAGAGGUAUUUCCCUGCCCAGUGCUGGCUGCAGCCCGAUGCACCAGGCCCAGGACAGCACUGCCUCCGAGCCUGCCUGGAGCCUGGUGGGCUGGGUCCCAGGGCAGAGUGGCGGGUGACUUUCCGACAAGAUGGAGAGAUGACAGUCACCCCGUGGCCCACGCAGGCUGGUGACACCAGCUUAAACAAGGGUUCAAGCUCUGGAGGCCAACCUUGAGGUUUGGAGUGUGACAACCUCUCUAUGCUUCAGUUUCCAUGGCUGGAAUACCUACCUCAGGGACAGAUGCAAAUUCAGAGACCUAAAGAUUAUAAAGUGCUUUUUCUCUCAUAAAUAUAGCAUUAUCCUGUACAUAUUGUCAACAUAUUGUUUAAUUUUGCUGUUUUGAACUUUGUAAAGGGUUUCAUGAUAAAUGUAAUCUGAGACUUUCUUCUUCUCCUGCUCAACAUUGUUACUAAGAUUUGGCCGUGGGACUUCCCUGGCGGUCCAGUGGUUAAAACUCCAUGCUUCCAGUGCAGGGGACACGGGUUUGAUCCCUGGUCUGGGAACUAAGAUCCCACAUGCCAUGCAGCGCAGCCAAAAAACAAAAAACAAAAAACAUUCGGCCACAGUUUUUCAUUCGUUCCUUUUUCCGUACUUUGUAUAAUUCCUUGGGUGACUAUACCCCAAUUUA